AUGCCGCCUCCCUUUGUGGAUGACAAGGCCCCAAUUUGCGUGCCCUUUAUCCUCGAGCACCUCGCCGCGCACCGGGCCCGCCAUCACCAACCACCAGACCCCGACCAUGCCUCCACCGCCGCCGUGCCCUCUCCACCCCCGCUCGUCGUCGGCCUCAACGGCAUCCAGGGCGCCGGCAAGACCACCCUCGUCGCCGCCCUGACCGCUGCCCUCGCCGCCGAGCGCGUCCGCGCCGUCGUCUGCAGCAUCGACGACUUCUACCUACCCCGCCACGAGCAGGCCGCCCUCGCCGCGCGCCACCCAGACAACGCCCUCGUCCAGCACCGCGGCGAGCCAGGCACUCAUGACGUAGCCCUCGCCGUCCGUGUCUUCACGGAGCUCAUCCGCGGCCGGCCGGCCGCCAUCCCGCAGUACGACAAGGCCGCCUUCCACGGCCGCGGCGACCGCCGCCCCGAGUCCGCCUGGCUGCCCGUUGAGCAGCCGCCGCGCGUCGACGUGCUGAUCCUCGAGGGCUGGUCCGUCGGCUUCCGCGCCCUGCCGGACGAAGAGGUCGGGCGGCGCCGGGACGCGCCGGGCAGCCGCACGCUCCGCCAGCACGCGCUCGAGCACCUGCUGCUGGUCAACGGCAACUUGCGCGCUUACGACGCCCUGACGGACCUAUUAGACGUCUUCGUGCACAUCGACGCCGAGGACACCCAGUUUGUCUACGCCUGGCGCGCCGAGCAGGAGGACCACCUCCGCCAAACGCUGGGCGACCCCAACGCCGGCAUGACGAAGGAUCAGGUCAUUGAAUUUGUCGAUGGUUAUUAUCCCGCAUACGAGUUGUAUACCGAUGGCAUUCGAUCGGGCAUAUUUGCCAAUCGCCCCGGCUGCCAGCUACGCAUGGUAUUAGGCCGUGAUCGAUGUGUCAAGCACGUGGUGCAGACGUGA